AUGAUGGAAUCCAAGAGUACUGGUACUAAAAGACUUAUCUCGGUUGGAUCUCUGUCGAACUAUGAAAGAGCCGAAUUUAUCUCAUCUAAAACAGACACUAAACAAAGAUUAGGAGAGCUCUUCAUCUAUGAGCCUACCAAACUAGAGAGUAAUUAUGUGUGUCCUUUAUAAAGUAAGUGUUUGGAUUGAGACAACAAAUAGUGAGUACACGAAUUCCUAGAUUCGAACAUCCUAAACCCAUGUUUGAAUUAGAUUCUCAGCCAGACAAAACCUUAACACAUGUAGCAUCUUAAACUGAGUGUCAAAAAUGCAAUCAUAGUAUGGGUAAGAUCGUGCAACCUAAACUAAAUAUGGAAUCGUUGCAUUUAUCAGCUCCUUCAUUGCAACCAUAUGAAAAACAGGAGCCCAAAGUUAUAGUUCCAAAAUAAUUAUAAAGCCAUGUGGUGAGAUAAAAAAAGAAGGAUCUGCCCCCCAUGUUACAAUAUUCCUUCAUCCAACCUCCACCUGUCUUCACGUAGUCUGCCAAGGCUGUAAGAGAAUAGAAGUCCUUUGGCAAACUGUCUUAAGGCAGGAUAUCCAAGAAAUACGAUAACGAAAUGGUUAAAGUCAUUCAAUAGGAACUCAGUUAGUAAUUGCACAAGAUUGAGGAUGAAAUCUCAGAUAAAGGGUACAGUGUCCCCAUUAAAUAUGUAUUAAUUUAUGGUGCCAUUUCUUUUAGUCAAAUCUCAAAAGAACCAAAUAGAUGACCUUAAGCAAGAAAAUCAAGUAAGAAAAGUAAUCACAAAUUUUGAAUGAAAAGAAGACCGAAUCUCAAUUCUUUAUGUAAAAGGAAAAAGAAAAAGAAAUUAGGACCAUAGUGUUCUUGAAAUAACCAGAGAAGAGUCAGUCUCAAAUUCGACUCUAAAAGGAAGAAAACAGCAACAUCAUAUUUGGGUAUUCAAAUAGAAAGGAAGAAUAAGCUUGA